AUGGAUUUUUCUGGUUUCCCCCAAUCCGAACGCGUCGUGCGGACGCUCUAUCCGCACUUUCCUCUACCCGAGGCCUAUAACAAAUAUUUCAAAGACAUCUUCGCCGAGCUCUCCGAGACUCAGGCGGUGCAAGUGAUCAACAAUAUCAUACGACAUGUUGGCCCGCACGCGCCUGAGCUGUUGGGGGUAUUUGCUACCUACUGUGGCGUUCCAGAGGCUGUUCUUGCCGGCCAUCUGGCCCGCAUAAGCAUGAACAUCGAGGCAGGCGCUCGACACCGGGAGCCCGCAAUGCCAGCGCAAACGCCCGGGAACCCGUGGAUUUGGCAGCCAGGCUGGCCACAGAAGCAUCUAUAA